UCUUUUACUUGCAAUUGGAAGAUCUGGCUCGCUCAAGGGAAGCAAGCUUCUUAAUUUCAAGUGGGUCUUUACAAUGGGACAUGGUUGUAGUUAAUAAUCCAAAAUAAAAAUGUAAAUAUUUUUUCAGUUAUAUUUUAAUGUUUAAUAAUAUUAUAACUUUCUAUAAGACAUACUUGUUGGUUUUAUUUUUUAUUUUUUAUUUUUUUUAUAUUUAAAAAUCAAAAGAAGUGAAAAAUUUUAAUAAUUUUUGGCUUGUUUGUUUGUUUGGGUGGAUGUGAGCUUUUUACUUUAUUUGUUAAACAUAAAAUUUAUUUAUUCUUUAUUUAGUGGUGUGACUGGUGUCUGGAGUGGCAGUGGAAGUGGAGACCACCAAUCCCUCAUGGGGGUGAGUCGCACUAGAUUCUCCACAUGAUGGCACCUGCUCGGCCACACCUACUAUUCAAGUUCCACUUCCUCUUCCUUCAGGCUUCAAGUUGGCGAGAGACAGUUAGGUCGGAAUGUCAGCUGCUGAAUUUUCAACCCAAUGUCCUCUCUCUCUCUUCUCCCCCUCCACAUGCCUUCCCAUCAUUUUCUUCUUCUUCUGCUUCUUCCCCCUUCCCCACAGAAACAGAGCCAUUCGCCAUGUCUCUGACGCCUUUGAUGUUUCGAUCACUUGUGAGACUGGUGUCGUCUCUGGUGGGUCAGCCUGCUGCCUCCAUCUCCACCUUGCUCUACUACAGCGACUUACUCCCCCAGAACAUCGUCUUGGAAAGACUGGUUCAGCAUGAAUUGCUGGAUCAGGAGAACUAUCUCUUCCAUUUCCUCAUCAACUUCUUGAGGUGUUUCUGGUAGAUAUUUUCUCAAUUCUUACCCAUCUCUCCGGGAUUCAAUUCAGAUACUAGAACCUAGUGAUUAUGAUUUUUCAUAUCUUCUCUCUCUUUUCUUGUUUCAUAAAGAAGCCUCAGCCCCACUCUUCUGCAUAUGUUACUGUUGAUCAUUCAUUGGGCAUUUUUCCCCAUAUCCAAAUGUAUUUUUUUGGCUGGCUCAUGGUCAUUAGUGUGUUUGAAUCUUGUAUUAGAAAUUGGACAUGGAAAUUAAAAUGUACUUAUUGAAACCAAAACCCACUAUCUCAUAUCACAAUUUGUUUCA